AUGGCACCCGGCAUCAUUGACGAUAACAAGGUCGCUACAACCUCUGAAGCCAAAGAUAACGGCCCUCUCUUAUACAAACAUGUCAACCAACAAGACCUCCAAGAGAAAACAAGCCAGUACCUUCUGAAAUACGGAACCGAAUUCAACCAAGAUGUCAUCUGCGGUAGCAAAGGCCUAUACGUCUACACAGCAUCAGGACACAAGAUCCUAGACUUCACAUCAGGACAAAUGUCCUGUCUCCUUGGCCACGGCCAUCCAGAAAUUGUCAAAACAAUCACAGACCACGCAGCCUCCCUGGAUCACCUCUUCUCCGGCAUGGUCUCGCCGCCAGUAAUUAGCCUCGGCGAGCGCUUGUGCAACCUACUCCCCGCGGGCCUCGAUAAAGCAUUCUUCCUAUCAACCGGAGGUGAAAGCAAUGAAGCCGCCAUCAAAAUGGCCAAAGUCUACACCGGAAAAUUUGAAAUCGUCGGGCUGGGCGCUAGCUGGCAUGGCGUGACUGCCCAAGCGCUAGGCGCUCAAUACCACUUCGGUCGCAAAGGCCAGGGACCCCUGAUGCCGGGGAUGCUGAUGCUGCCACCUCCAAAUGGAUAUCGCUCUGUCUUCCGUCGACCUGACGGAUCUUAUGACUGGGAAGCGGAGAUGGAGUACGGUUGGCGAAUGAUCGAUAUGCAAUCGUGCGGCUCGCUGGCUGCUUGUAUUGUUGAGUGUAUCCAGUCAUCAGGUGGUAUGCAUGUCCUGCCACCUGGGUAUUUAGCCGCGCUAAAGCGUGAAUGUGAGAAGCGUGGUAUGCUUUUGAUUGUCGAUGAGGCGCAGACGGGUGUCGGUCGAUGCGGUGACUUGAUGGCUAUCAAUCAUGAGAAUGUUGUGCCUGAUAUAUUGACGCUUAGCAAGACGCUUGGUAAUGGAUUGCCGUUGAGUGCUGUUGUGACUAGUGCUGAGAUUGAGCGUGUUUGCGUUGAGCGGGAGUUCUGCUUUUAUACUACCCACAUCAAUGAUCCGCUUCCCGCAGCUGUUGGUGACAAGGUUCUUGAGAUUGUCGUGCGCGAUAACUUGGUUGAGCACUCUCGUGCUAUGGGGAAGAUACUUCAUGACAAGCUGAAUGACUUGAAGAAUAAGUAUGCAUGCAUUGGAGAUAUUCGUGGACGGGGUCUAAUGGCCGGUGUUGAGAUUGUUGAGGAUCGACAGACGAAGACCCCGGCAUUAGCUUUGGGCAAGGCUAUUGGUGAUCAUGCCUAUGAGCUAGGCUUGUGGGCCAAUCUAAGCAGCCAUCCUAGCUUUGGGGGCGUCUUUCGCAUUGCUCCGCCAAUCACUAUCACUGAGGAUCAAUUGCUGAGUGGCUUGAAAGUCUUGGAAGAAGCAUUUGCUGUGACUCCUGGUACCAUGCUAUUCUAA